UUGCAUGUUAAAAAUGAUUGACAAUACGUUUUGAUAUUGACCAUUCAAUUAUUUUAAACGGAAAGAAAUUAAAUGUCAACUGCGUAGAGACAGUUCUUAAUUGUACUCACUGACAUUGUGUAAUACGUUAACAGUGGUCACCUUAUCUACGAUAGUAACUAUGUACAUGUAUCUACAGGUGUUCUUUUCAGUUCUUGCGAUAGAAUUUGCAGUGAUAAAGGAAACAGUUGGAACAACGUUGGCGACAACUUUACAACAGACACAAGAGUGCACCGAUAAGCUUGGACGGGACUGUUUCAGGUAUACAGAUGAUCAGUGUGUAGGAAAAUAUGCUCCCUGGGCUAGAGAACAUUGCGCUCUCCGAUGUGGAUACUGCCCGCAAAAGUUGCCUUGCGUUGAUCGAAUCACAUAUUGUGACGAAUUUGAUGAGAGAGUUUGUACAGAAGAAAGAUACGGGGAAUACAUGAGGGAGAACUGCAGAAGAACUUGCAAUCUUUGUCAGGCCCCAACAGAGUAUCUAACAUCUUCAGCAACUGUCGCAACAACAGUAGUUUCCAGUUGGUGCUUUGAUAACCUUACUUCUGCUUCCUGUUGGUAUUAUGGAGACCAUCAGUGCAUUGGUAUCUACGAAUCGUGGGCCCGGAAAUUCUGCCCUUACCGCUGCGGAUAUUGUAAAGGUUUUUUGCCUCCAUGUGAGGAUGUAUUAUCAUAUUGUAGCAAUUUUGAUCGCUCUCUGUGUACAAACUCAUCUUACGCCGCGUACAUGAGAGAAAAUUGCAGAAAGACUUGUCAGUUUUGUACAUAUCCAGGGCAGUCUCUUCCCCCAAACAGUUUGCCUGAUAACUUAGUGACCCCUGUAUCAGCCAUCAACGGUCACAUUCCACAAACACUGGGAUAGUUCCACUAAUCAUCGAUAUGCGAUGUAUAAUUUGUAAAAUGAAUUUUAAAUUUGUUUUUACAUGUACCCAUUUUCUGAUAAUGGUGUUUACAUUUGAAUACUUGAAACAUAUAAUGUUCAACCUUGUACUUUAUUUUUGAUAGAUAACUUAUGACAUAAUAUGUAAACGAUUAAAGUCCAUCAAUGUUCUGUACACUUAUAAAAACGCAGAAAAAAAGAUGUAAAUGAGAGAGUAUUCUAGUAAAAAGUGGUCACGUUAAUAACGGAAAAAAUGCUUAGUUCAAUCGUUCUGAAAAAUUUUGUACAUUUCAAAGACAAAACAGUAAUUAAUCUUCAUACUAAAAGUAAAGUGAAAAAGGAAGAAUCAAACCCAAGAACAGGCAAAAAGUCAAAAUCCGAUGUCCAAGGCAGAACAUCCGAUAAUGGUAAUGCUCUAAAUAUCUUUGUGGGAGCUAAUUUUUGUGGGAAAAGUACCAUAUUAGAGCUGAUCAGAAGAUGCAUGACCAAGGGAAUAAAUGUGACAGAAACUAACUUAUUUGAUGACAAAUCGAUUGCAUAUGUGUUCUGCAAAUUUGAUUUGGAUCCUUAUGAAGAAUUCUUAUCAGGAAUAAUUAAGGUACCGGGAGAUGAUUUGUACAAAAUUAUAAUGUACAUCGACAAAACUGAAAGUUUUCUCAAGUUUUUGGACUGCAGCGAGAACACAUAUAAAUGUCCAUUGCAAAACUUUGAUCAGAAGAAAAUCGAAUCAAUGUUUGAAAAAAAAACCGAAGAUACAUGCAUUGAUGAUACGAUACGUUUCCUUCUUAAUAAAAUAAAACAUGGAAACCAAAAAGAAAAUAUAGUAAGUUCCGAAUGUUCACCAAACUGGACAUCGAUUCAAGACAAAUAUAUUGCUACUUUUCCAUUGCGAGGGAUUGGAAGUGUACAAUGGACAAAAAGUUAUAAGAAAAUCAAACAAAAAGAUCACAAUUAUAAGGAGGCGUGUAUACGAGCUGAAGUUAUAACAACAUUGUUGUUGUCGAAGAGGUUAGAUAAAGAGAAAGAGGAUGAGGAGAAAAUUUUUAAAUUUAUUACAUACCCUGAAGAAUUUGCAUUUGAAGCAUUAGAUGAAGAGACUGUUAAUGUAAAACAUGGAAAAAAUGUAUUUCCUUUGUUAAAGGUAUCUGAGGGAAUAUUAGAGGCAAAAAUUGCGUCUUUACUUCUGGCACACGAUGGCAUUAAAACGCUUUGUUUAGAGGACCCUGAUCGUGGAAUGCACCCUCAAAUGAUAGAACGUUUGAAAAAAGAGCUGUACAGAAAUGCACACACAAAAACAAUAAUUGUUGUGACACACAGUCCAUAUUUUAUCGACACAUAUACCAUCAACAAAACGCAUGUGUUUUUUAGAAAGAAAGCAGACAAAUCUUACGUUUGUUCUGUGAGAAAUGCUGGGAAAAGUGAUGAUCUCUCAAGAGUGUCCGACAUUGAAACGUUGAGAAGUUUGUUGUUUGCAACCAAAGUCUUGUUAGUGGAAGGAGCAAGUGACAGAGAAGUGGUACAAGGUAUAUUGACCCAACAUAGAUUGUUAAAAGAAGAAGGCGAUAGCAGUGGCAAUGACUUCACCAAUAUAUCUUCAUAUCAAAUUAUUACUAUUGGCGGUUGUGAAAACGCGGGCAAAGUACAAAAAUUUUGCAAUUUUAUCAAUCUGCCAUGCUUGUGUUUGUUAGAUCGUGACAAACCUUUGAAAGUUAAAGAUGGUAUAAUAACAGAUAUAUGGGGGGUUAAAGAUCAAGUUUUAAAGAAAGACCUAAAAGAUAGAUACGUUGAUAAAGAACUCCAACUUUUUUUAAGUUGUGAUGAAGAUUUUGAAAAAUUUCUGGAGGCUUUGAAAUCAAAAGAGAAAAUUUUUAUUUGGAAGUGUGGUGAUUUAGAAGACGCAAUCCUAAGCUCUGCAAGUUCCCAGAGUUUUAUUGCAAGUUCGCUGAAAAUUGAAGAUGUGACAAAAUCGAAAUUAAAGGGUAAAAUAAAAGAACGAUUAAAGGAAGAAGAGAGGCAAUUAUUUUACUCUGAGCUAAUAAAAGUUGAUGAAAUUAAAAGAUUUAUUGCAUUUAUGGAGGAGGAGGAAAAUGAACUUAAACGAAAAUGAAACUAAAGGAUGAAAUAAAAGAACGACUAAAUGAUGGAGAAAGGCAAGCAUUUUACACAGAGCUAAUGAAAGUUGGUGAAAUUGGUGUAAAAAAAUUAUUACAUUUAUGGAGGAGGAAGAAAAUGAACUUUCCUUUCCGUAGUGAAAAUCCAUGUUGAAUCUGGUCAUGGAAACGGUGAUUUAAAGGGCAUGGUCACAAUUCAAAAUUUAUUUUUAUUUUUUUAUGUUAACAAUGCUUUAUAAUGGCAUUUAUCACAGUCAAACAAAAUUUGAGUGUUAUUUGUCGAGGUGUAAUUGAGAUACAGAGCUUAAAUCUAUUUGGUUAAAGUUAGUUAUAUGAUCAUUUAUUUAGCAAGAUGCUGUUUAAUUAGAAAAUCACAAACAUUUUUGGAUUGUUUCCGAGAAAUGAGACAUGAUUGUUCUUUCCGAAGAAACUUUAGUUACUUAG